UUGCCCCUCAGAUCCAUGCCCUGACAGUGACUGACCCGUUCCCCUGGCUCGUCAGAGACAAUUAUGUAGGCCGUCUGAUCUGUGACACUACAGCCGGUAACCCGUCCACCACACGGCACACAUGGUACAGGGGCGGUACACCGGUCACUUCUCAGACAUCACAGAUGAUCUCCUUUGGACCACCUAUCAUCCAGGAUAAUGGACAGUUAUACAAGUGUAAGGCUGAAAACGACUUCACCGACAGCAGAGGAUCGGCUCCAGAGUCAAACACCGAAACACUAGAUGUACAAUAUGCCCCGAUUAUAACACUCUCGGCCUGUCCAGAAACAGUUAACGAGACAGACAAUUACCGGUGUACCUGUACAGCUGUAGGUAACCCCAUCCCUACUGUUACCUGGUAUCCUCGGGAUUCCUCGACCAACAAUAUCCUGGACUUACCAUCUAUCAACAGGAACAAGGCCGGGCGGUACACAUGUAAUGCCACGUCAUCAUCUCAGAAGUUUGGGACGCUAUAUACCCAGUCCGUCCUCAACCUUGUGGUACAGU